AAAAGUAUUAGAGAAACUAGGAUGGAACUUCCUCAUCAAAACCACCAAUGUAAUUCAUCACCCAAUAAAAUAUAUAUUCCAUAAUCCAAAAAUUCUUUCUCAGAUUCACUUUCUAAAAUUCUCAUAUUUUUUACCCUUUUCAUCUCCAUCAUUUCCUAAAAAACAUUAGGGUGGGUCCCACAACUAUGCAAUUGACAAGGACACUCACAGUGCCAACUUGUUCAUCACCAAUUUUAUUCCUGUUCCACUAAAACUAUAUACUCCCAACAACAACAAACACUCUUUUAUAAGCCGUCAGCAAAUUCUGGCAACGAACUUUCCAGUCUUUCCAGGAAGCAUUCUUCCCUCCGAUUCAUCAGCCUAAGUUACGUCACACCCUCUGAAGUUAAUGUUGACAACUUGACAAUACUAUGCAGUUAUACCACCAUCCUCUAUCUGUCGACAGCCAAAAGGUAAGACUCGCACUGGAGGAGAAUGGAGUUGAUUAUACCUCUUAUCAUAUCAACCCGAUCACUGCUAAGAACAUGGAAGCGUCAUUUUUCCGAAUGAACCCAAGUGGAAAAUUACCGGUCUUCCAGAAUGGUUCUCACAUUCUCUUCAACACAAUAGAGAUAAUUCAGUAUAUCGAAAGGGUAGCAGCUGUUUCAUCAGUUGGGGAUGACAUUAAACUCAGCAGCAGAGAAGUCAUUGGAUGGAUGCACAAAAUCCAGGAAUGGAACCCGAAAUAUUUCACCCUUUCUCGUGUCCCUGAGAAACACCGUCUCUAUGUUAUGAAAUUUAUAAGACGAGUAGUUAUUGCUAGGAUGGCAGAGUUUCCCGAUCUUGCUAGUGCCUAUCACCUAAGACUCAGAGAAGCGUAUGACAUCGAAGAUAAGUUGAAAGACGCCGAGGUAAUAAGGAGAAGUGAAGAGCACUUGGUUAGGCUUCUCGAUGAGGUAGAAACCCAACUAAAUGAAACAUCGUACUUAGCAGGAGAAGAGUUUACUAUGGCAGACGUUAUGCUUAUCCCUAUCGUAGCUCGUUUGGUGCUUCUAAAAUUAGAAAACGAAUACAUAAAUAGUAGGCCAAAUAUUGCCGAGUACUGGAAGAUGGUGCAACAAAGGCCUAGUUACAAAAGGGUGAUCGGGAAGUAUUUUGAUGGCUGGAGGCGCCAUAAAACGUUGACGAAAACGUGGUGCUUUGUUCAUUUGAGGAACUUGUUGAAGAAAUAUUGACGGGUCGAGGUGAUAGUAGUUUCGAAUGAUUUUCAUUAUUUAACUGUUAAUAAAAGGGGGAGGGGGAGGGGGUUAUAUGUUACAUCUACUGCUGUACAUAUAUAGAAUUUCAACCGUUUUGUGUAUGUUUCGGGUGAGCAUUUUUGCCCUUUUUAUCGGUAAUUUUCCUAGGCGUGGCAAGGGAAUGCAUCUUAAUGUUCUUGCUCGUUUUCCUGGAUACAUAAAAAUAAAUAGGUUUUUCUAUCGGAUGUAAGUUGAAUUUAUCCGAUAUUGAGUUCCUUCAGAAGCUUCUUUGCUAGACUUGCUUGGUCAAGUCGGAUUGUUUUCAAAUUGAGUUGUUUUUGGGUUACGUCGUAUCCAUUUUAUGCUUUGAGCAUCUCUUAUAUAGUAUCUUGAAAUUGA